AUGCAGCCUACACCGACAAACGGAGAAAGUCGGCCUGAUUAUACUUCGAUGAUUCUCUCGCAGACCAUUCACGUCCUACCGUCGCUCGAGUUGGAAUGUGGUGCUACUCUUGAACAAGUUCCAAUCGCGUACAAGACGUGGGGGACACUCAAUGAGACCAGAGAUAAUGUCAUGGUCAUCUGUCAUGCUUUUACUGGCAGCGCAGACGUCGAAGACUGGUGGGGUCCCCUCAUGGGCCCAGGCAAGGCGUUUGACCCAUCGAGGUUCUUCAUCUUUUGCGGAAAUGUCAUGGGUUCUCCAUAUGGCUCUGCAUCCCCCGUCACAGUCAACCCCGCCACGGGACAGCCAUACGGCCCAGAGUUCCCUUUGACCACGAUCCGGGACGACGUAAGGGCCCACAAGCUUGUUCUCGAUCACCUCGGUGUACGCUCCAUCGCCGUCGUAGUGGGCGGCUCCAUGGGCGGUAUGGCUGUUCUCGAAUGGCCACUAUGCACACCACCUUCCUACGUUCGGCAUAUCAUCCCACUUGCGACCUCUGCCCGACACAGCGCUUGGUGCAUCUCCUGGUCGGAAACCCAGCGGCAGUCCAUCUACUCUGACCCACUCUUCAACUCUGGAUACUACUCUCCAUCUGAUCCACCCAAGAAUGGUCUUGCGGCUGCGCGUAUGGCCGCCCUCUUGACUUACCGGAGCAGAGAUUCGUUCGAGGGGCGUUUCGGUCGCAAACCCCAGCUCUACAUGGGGCCGAAGAAGGACAGUGCGAGCGCUAAGCCGGCGCUCAUCACACCCCCGCGGAGUCCAAACAAGAGCUCGCUUGAAGCCUUGGCAGCGCAUAACGAAGGGAACAGGAACACGACCGAUUUACCUGUCAUCCAAACCACCACGAAUGGUAUCACUGGACUUGUCACGAAUGGGGACGACAAACGGCCGGCUCCUGGUCAUGGUGGUGCCACAACUGUCUUCUCCGCGCAAUCAUAUCUCCGGUAUCAGGGUGACAAGUUUACGUCGCGAUUCGAUGCAAACUGCUACAUUCAUAUCACGCGCAAGAUGGACACUCACGACGUUGCUCGUGGUCGUGGACGGUCGUCGAACGCAAUCCACGACAAUUGGCGAGGGAUCUAUGCACAUGAAGGCUCGAAUGAGGCGCUCGCAGAGGUUCUCUCGACGCUCCCACGUGGAGCAUUGGUGAUUGGCGUCGAGAGUGAUGGCCUGUUUACGCCCUCGGAGCAGCGCGAGCUAGCGGCACAUAUCCCCGACGCCGAACUCGUAAUGAUUCAGAGUAUUGACGGACAUGAUGGUUUCCUGCUCGAGUUCCAAGAGAUCAAUCGCCACGUCCUCGGAUUUCUUCACCGCGUACUUCCAGAGUUGUACGUUGGGGAGGCAAAGGUCACAGAGAGCAAAAAAGAAGACUUUGAGGUUACACGGACUAGCACAUUUGGCGAGGCAGAGGUCGACGUUGCGAUGUGGUAA